GCGGGGCCGCGAGGCUAGCGUUACCCUUGCGCCUGCGUGGAAGGACUCUGUGGCGAGUGGCGGCCGAAAGCUAGCUGCGGAGUGCACGUGGAGCGCGGCCCCAAGGGCAGUCUCGGGCCUUAACCCGCAUUCUGUACGCCAAGCCUGCGUUCUGCCGUUUCCUCCGGCACGCGCGACGCCACCUUCUCACAUUUCUGUCUGCCAUAGUACUAUGGGGCGCAAAUUGGACCCUACAAAGAAGGAGAAGCGGGGGCCAGGCCGAAAGGCCCGGAAGCAGAAGGGUGCCGAGACAGAACUCGCCAGAUUCUUGCCUGCAGUAAGUGACGAAAAUUCCAAGAGGCUGUCUAGUCGUGCUCGAAAGAGGGCAGCCAAGAGGAGGCUGGGUUCUGCUGAAGUCCCUAAGACAAAUAAGUCCCCUGAGGCCAAACCAUUGCCUGGAAAGCUACCAAAAGGAGCUGUCCAGACAGCUGGUAAGAAGGGACCCCAGUCCCUAUUUAAUGCUGCUCAAGGCAAGAAGCGCCCAGCACCUAGCAGUGAUGAGGAAGAGGAGGAGGAAGACUCUGAAGAAGAUGAUGUGGUGAACCAGGGGGACCUCUGGGGCUCCGAGGAUGAUGCUGAUAUGGUAGAUGACUAUGGAGCUGACUCCAACUCUGAGGAUGAGGAGGAAGGUGAAGAGCUGCUGCCCAUUGAAAGAGCUGCUCGGAAGCAGAAGGUCCGGGAAGCUGCUGCUGGGGUCCAGUGGAGUGAAGAGGAGACGGAGGAUGAGGAGGAAGAAGUGACCCCUGAGUCCGGCCCCUCAAAGGAGGAGGAGGCAGAUGGGGGCCUGCAGAUCAAUGUGGAUGAGGAACCAUUUGUGCUGCCCCCUGCCGGGGAGAUGGAGCAGGAUGCCCAGGCUCCAGACCUGCAACGAGUUCACAAGCGGAUCCAGGAUAUCGUGGGAAUUCUGCGUGAUUUUGGGGCUCAGCGGGAGGAAGGGCGGUCUCGUUCUGAAUACCUGAACCGGCUCAAGAAGGAUCUGGCCACUUACUACUCCUAUGGAGACUUCCUGCUUGGCAAGCUCAUGGACCUCUUCCCUCUGUCUGAGCUGGUGGAGUUCUUAGAAGCUAAUGAGGUGCCUCGGCCCGUCACCCUCCGGACCAAUACCUUGAAAACCCGACGCCGAGACCUUGCCCAGGCUCUAAUCAAUCGUGGGGUUAAUCUGGAUCCCCUGGGCAAGUGGUCAAAGACUGGACUAGUGGUAUAUGAUUCUUCUGUGCCCAUUGGUGCCACCCCCGAGUACCUGGCUGGGCACUACAUGCUGCAGGGAGCCUCCAGCAUGCUGCCCGUCAUGGCCUUGGCACCCCAGGAACAUGAGCGGAUCCUGGACAUGUGUUGUGCCCCUGGAGGAAAGACCAGCUACAUGGCCCAGUUGAUGAAGAAUACGGGUGUGAUCCUUGCCAAUGACGCCAAUGCUGAGCGGCUUAAGAGUGUUGUGGGCAACUUGCACCGGCUGGGAGUCACCAACACCGUUAUCAGUCACUAUGAUGGGCGCCAGUUCCCCAAGGUGGUGGGGGGCUUUGACCGAGUGCUGCUGGAUGCUCCCUGCAGUGGCACUGGGGUCAUCUCCAAGGACCCAACCGUGAAGACUAACAAGGAUGAGAAGGACAUCCUGCGCUGUGCUCACCUCCAGAAGGAGUUGCUUCUGAGUGCUAUUGACUCUGUGAAUGCCACCUCCAAGACAGGAGGCUACCUUGUUUACUGCACCUGUUCUAUCAUGGUGGAAGAGAAUGAGUGGGUGGUAGACUAUGCUCUGAAAAAGAGGAAUGUGCGACUGGUGCCCACAGGCCUAGACUUUGGCCAGGAGGGUUUUACCCGCUUUCGAGAAAGGCGCUUCCACCCCAGUCUGCGUUCUGCCCGACGCUUCUACCCUCAUACCCACAAUAUGGAUGGGUUCUUCAUUGCCAAGUUCAAGAAAUUCUCCAAUUCUAUCCCUCAGUCCGAGACAGGAAAUUCUGAAACAGCCACACCUAAAAAUGUAGACUUGCCUCAGGUCAUCCCCAAGUCUGAGAACAGCAGCCAGCCAGCCAAAAAGGCCAAGGGGGCUGCAAAGACAAAGCAGCAGCUGCAGAAACAGCAACGUCCCAAGAAGGCCUCCUUCCAGAAGCCGAAUGGCACCUCUAAAGGGGCAGACUCAGAAUUGUCCACUGUACCUUCUGUCAGAAAGACCCAAGCUUCCUCCAGGUGCCAGGAUAGCAGUCAGCCAGCUGGAAAAGCCGAAGGGAUCAGGGAGUCCAAGGUGACUGGGAAGCUAAAGCAACGAUCGCCUAAAUUACAGUCCUCCAAGAAAGUUGCCUUCCUCAAGCAGAAUGCCCCUCCCAAGGGCACAGACACAGAAACACCGGCUGUGUUAUCCCCAUCCAAGACUCAGGCCACCCUGAAACCUAAGGACCAUCAUCACCCCCUUGGAAGGGCCAAGGGGGUUGAGAAGCAGCAGUUGCCAGAGCAGCCUUUCAAGAAAGCUGCCUUCCAGAAACAGAAUGACACCCCCAAGGGGCCUCAGCCUCCGACUGUGUCUCCCAUCAGUUCCAGCCGCCCCCCACCAGCAAAGAGGAAGAAAUCUCAGUCCAGGGGCAAUGGCCAGCUGCUCCUGUCUUAGAUGGUUGAAAACUAGACUGGGGUGGCUCACUGCCAUUGUCACCGGGUUGGAACUCUUGCCUCUAUGAGGAUGCCUUCUCCACUGUGCAUACCCAUGAAAUUUAAUACACAUUUUACAACCUCUG